UCACCGAUCAACGGAAAGAACCGAAGAUGUCAGCUCUGUCAUGUGAUCAGCUGUGUCCAUUCACAGCUGAUCACAUAGCACUAAUGAUCAGCAGUGCCACUUGUCAGAGUCCAUCAGUGCCAGCUGUCAGUGCUCAUCCAUGCCACCUGCCAAUGCCCAUCAGUGCCACAUCAAUGCCACAUAUCAGUGCCCAUCUGAGCUGCCUUUCAGUGUCACCCAUCAGUGCCAGUCAGUGCCACCUAUUAGUGCUGCCAAUCAGUGCCACCUAUCAGUGCCAGUGCCGCCUAUCAGUGUCAGUGCUGCAUAUCAGUGCCAUAUAUGAGUGCUGCCUUUCAGUGCCCAUCAGU